AUGACUAGACUGCAAGUUGUCGUAUUCGUUUCUGUAGAUUUGAAAUUGUUGGAAUCCAGCUUGCCAAUCAGUGCGGUAGUCAUUGAUCGUCCAUCUGCCAGCGAAUCAGAACCUGUAAAAGAAUGUUCAACACACAUGCAGCAACACACUGGUAUUUGUGCUUCAACUGGAACAGAGCAACAAUCAACUGGAACCAAUCAUGAUGUAGCUCAGUCAACUUCAGAUGAUGAUAUAUUUGACAACACACUAUACGACGACGUCUGCCAUUUUCCUAAAAACUAUAUCCCAGAUAACAAACGGCCCAUUCUCACACAUCAGCAAAGGCUGGAUAGAGUCGAAAAAAGAAUGAGGAAUAUGGGUAUGGAAAUUCCAACUGAUGUUGGAGACGGAUAUCCGCACAAGAUGAGCACCAAGGCAAAGGAAAGAAUACUAGAAGCUAAACAAAAGGAGCGUAGAAUGAGCUCAUCUGAUAAAAAGAAAUUCAGGAAACUGAGACUAGGAAGAUUAUGGGUGUGUCGCAAGUUGGCUCUUGAACCUAUCGAAGAAGAAUCAAUCAGAGUUGUAUCUGAACCUACUCCAGAAUUAAAAUCCAUCUUGAAACCCGGAUCUACUUUUAAACCCCACGGCUCAAAACACGAUCAUUCUAAAAAACAUCAGCAAAAGUCAAGUCACGAUGCUGGUUCAAGGGAAGCUAAAGUACACUUUGUACCAACGACUAAAAUUGCUAGAUAUUCAAGUGAAUCUAGUGUACUGCAAGAAUAUGAUAUUCAACUUCCUUCAUUACGUUCAAAGUUUAAUAGAUUCAAACGACAGAUGCUGAGGUUCAUUGGAUAUAGAAGGCAUACUUGA